AUGACAACUAAGUCUAAAAGGUAUAAUUUGAGAAAUAACUCUCCUGUUAAUUUGGAAAUAGAUGAAUUUAAACAAAUAGAAGAACUUGAGAAAUAUCUACAUGAAUUUGAUGAGGCGCAGUUUUUACUUUUAGCAAAUUAUCUUUUUAAUACUAAUGAUAAUAAUAAGUCACAUCUUAAGUAUUAUCAAAUUAAUUAUCAAAGAUUCUCUGAACUUCAUGAUAUUGUUGGAAAAAAAAUUUUAUUACUUCCUAUACCAACAUCAUUUUAUACUGGACAUGACAAUGAAAAAAAUGUUCAAUCAUUGAUCAAUUGGUUUAGGGCCGCAAAAGAAAAUAACUUUAUAAAUAAUUUUAGAUUAUCUUCAUCAUCAGAAAGAUAUAUAAGUCUUUCUGAAAAUAUAUUGGAACUAAGUGAUUCUGAAGGGGCAUAUGUUAUUCUUAAAACUCUUAGUUCACUAUUCAUUGAGUCAGCCAAAUUAACAUCGAAUAUGACAUUUUCUCAGAAACCUCUGGAGUAUCUUGCCGAAGUUCUUGUUCUUGAAACUGCUAUUAGACUUAUAGCUCAAGAUCAGAACAUUACAUUAGAUGAGCUAGCCAAAGUAAUAGGAGAUAGUAUAGAAUUUGGAAUGUAUAUGCAUGAUAUAGAAGAGGAGGAUAUAGAAGUCCUGGAAGAUUUAUGA